CCGACCCAAGUUUGACCUUUGCACGCAUUCACAAAGACGGUUAAACUGAAAUUUAUAUAAGCUUGUGAAACGCGCUCUUAGUUUUGUGUGGCAACAUUGUGUAAUCCAAAAAACUAGACCAGAUUUGUGCGGGACGCGCUGUUGCCGUUAGAUAUGGUAUCCCUCCGCGCAGGGACGUCCUGGGCCGUUUCCGGAUCGUUCCUCCACUGAGUCGUUUCCGCCGCCAUUGCAGAUUUCAGGAGUUUAGUGCUGCGGCUGCUCUAGGGAAAAACGAGUGACACCUUGCAGUGACCCGUUUACUGCCGUCAGGUUAACCGAAAUACAGUAGGCUAGCGAUCGCGCACGAUUUUAACUCGCCGUCUGACUUGGUUGGAGCAGAAGGACGGAGAAGCCGUAGCGUAGCGUAGCGUUGAGUACUACUAGCUCUCGAAGCAGACCGGAGAGUGACAGAGACCGCCAUGGCUCAGAUCCUGCCCAUCCGCUUCCAGGAGCACCUCCAGCUUCAAAACCUGGGAAUAAAUCCAGCCAACAUUGGGUUCAGUACCCUGACUAUGGAGUCGGACAAGUUCAUCUGCAUCCGGGAGAAGGUUGGAGAGCAGGCGCAAGUAGUGAUCAUCGACAUGAAUGACCCCAACAAUCCCAUCCGCAGGCCUAUCUCUGCGGACAGCGCCAUCAUGAACCCUGCCAGCAAAGUCAUUGCACUGAAAGCAUCAAAAACCCUCCAGAUCUUCAAUAUUGAGAUGAAGAGCAAAAUGAAGGCCCAUACCAUGACAGAUGAUGUCACCUUCUGGAAGUGGAUCUCCCUCAACACAGUGGCUCUAGUCACAGACAAUGCUGUCUACCACUGGAGCAUGGAAGGAGACUCUCAGCCAGUCAAAGUGUUUGACCGCCACUCAAGCUUGGCUGGCUGUCAAAUAAUCAACUACCGUACUGAUGCCAAACAGAAGUGGCUGCUUCUCAUUGGCAUUUCAGCACAGCAAAACCGUGUUGUUGGUGCAAUGCAACUGUACUCGGUGGACAGAAAGGUGUCCCAGCCCAUUGAGGGUCAUGCUGCAGGCUUUGCUCAAUUCAAAAUGGAGGGAAAUGCAGAGGAGUCCACUCUCUUCUGCUUUGCUGUUCGUGGCCAGGCUGGAGGAAAGCUGCACAUAAUUGAAGUGGGGACUCCUCCUACGGGGAAUCAGCCUUUUCCUAAGAAAGCAGUUGAUGUGUUCUUUCCACCUGAGGCCCAGAAUGACUUCCCUGUUGCAAUGCAGAUAAGCUCCAAGCAGGAUGUUGUGUUUCUCAUCACCAAAUAUGGAUACAUCCACCUGUAUGACCUUGAGACGGGCACCUGUAUCUACAUGAAUCGAAUCAGUGGUGAGACCAUCUUUGUUACAGCCCCUCAUGAAGCCACCGCUGGGAUCAUUGGGGUCAACAGAAAAGGACAGGUUCUCUCUGUGUGUGUGGAGGAGGAGAAUAUCAUCCCCUACAUUACAAACGUGCUACAGAACCCUGACCUGGCUCUGCGCAUGGCUGUACGCAACAAUCUAGCUGGUGCUGAAGAGCUCUUUGCUCGCAAAUUCAACAAUCUCUUUGCAGGAGGGAACUACUCUGAGGCAGCAAAGGUUGCAGCUAAUGCACCAAAGGGAAUUCUACGCACCCCAGAUACCAUCCGGCGAUUCCAAAGCGUGCCUGCCCAGCCUGGCCAGACCUCCCCCCUGCUCCAGUACUUCGGCAUCCUGCUGGACCAAGGCCAGCUUAACAAGUUUGAGUCCCUGGAGCUAUGUAGACCUGUCUUGCAGCAAGGCCGCAAGCAGCUGUUGGAGAAAUGGCUGAAAGAAGACAAACUUGAAUGCUCAGAGGAACUGGGGGAUCUGGUGAAAUCUGUGGACCCAACUCUGGCUCUCAGUGUCUAUCUGAGAGCAAAUGUCCCCAACAAAGUCAUCCAGUGUUUUGCUGAGACUGGGCAGUUUCCUAAAAUUGUACUGUAUGCCAAAAAGGUGGGCUACACCCCGGACUGGAUCUUCUUGUUGAGGAAUGUGAUGCGCAUUAGCCCAGAGCAGGGCCUACAGUUUUCCCAAAUGUUGGUCCAGGAUGAAGAGCCACUUGCUGACAUUACACAGAUUGUGGAUGUGUUCAUGGAGUAUAACCUGAUCCAGCAGUGCACCUCCUUUCUGUUGGAUGCACUUAAAAACAACCGGCCAUCUGAGGGACCUUUGCAAACUCGCCUUCUGGAGAUGAACCUAAUGCAUGCCCCACAGGUUGCAGAUGCCAUUCUAGGGAACCAGAUGUUUACCAACUAUGACCGUGCUCACAUUGCCCAGCUGUGCGAGAAGGCGGGACUGCUGCAGAGAGCCUUGGAGCACUACACAGACUUGUAUGACAUCAAACGAGCAGUGGUCCAUACCCAUUUGCUGAACCCUGAGUGGCUGGUAAACUUCUUUGGCUCGCUGUCUGUGGAGGAUUCCCUUGAGUGCCUGAGGGCUAUGCUGUCAGCCAACAUUCGCCAAAACCUGCAGAUCUGUGUCCAAGUGGCCUCCAAGUACCAUGAGCAGUUGUCCACCCAGGCCCUGACUGAACUGUUUGAGUCCUUCAAGAGCUUUGAGGGUCUGUUCUACUUCUUGGGUUCUAUUGUAAACUUCAGCCAAGACCCUGAGGUCCACUUCAAGUACAUUCAAGCAGCCUGUAAAACGGGCCAAAUCAAAGAGGUUGAAAGGAUCUGCCGAGAGAGCAAUUGCUAUGAUCCAGAGCGGGUGAAGAACUUCUUGAAGGAGGCUAAGCUGACAGACCAGCUACCCCUCAUCAUUGUGUGUGACCGGUUUGACUUUGUCCACGACCUGGUCCUCUACCUGUACCGCAACAACCUGCAGAAAUACAUAGAAAUCUAUGUGCAGAAGGUGAACCCCAGCAGACUUCCAGUAGUGAUUGGUGGGCUUCUGGAUGUGGACUGCUCUGAGGAUGUUAUCAAGAAUCUCAUUUUGGUGGUGCGAGGCCAGUUCUCCACUGAUGAGCUGGUGGCUGAAGUUGAGAAGAGGAACAGGCUGAAGCUCCUGCUUCCUUGGUUGGAGGCCCGCAUCCAUGAGGGCUGCGAGGAGCCAGCCACUCACAAUGCCUUGGCCAAGAUCUACAUUGACAGUAACAACAACCCAGAGCGCUUCCUGCGGGAGAACCCAUACUAUGACAGCCGUGUGGUGGGCAAGUACUGUGAGAAGAGAGACCCUCACUUGGCCUGUGUUGCUUAUGAACGAGGACAGUGUGACCAAGAGCUCAUUCAUGUCUGCAAUGAAAAUUCCCUCUUCAAGAGUCUGUCCCGCUACCUGGUACGUCGUCGAGACCCUGAGCUGUGGGCUAGUGUGUUGCUGGAGAGCAACCCCUACAGAAGGCCUCUUAUUGAUCAGGUUGUCCAGACUGCUCUGUCAGAAACGCAAGACCCAGAAGAGGUGUCUGUCACAGUCAAGGCCUUCAUGACUGCAGACCUUCCCAAUGAACUCAUUGAACUUUUGGAAAAGAUUGUUUUGGAUAAUUCAGUUUUCAGUGAGCACAGAAAUCUACAAAACCUCCUCAUUCUUACAGCUAUUAAAGCUGACAGGACUCGUGUGAUGGAGUACAUCAACCGUUUGGACAAUUAUGAUGCCCCAGAUAUUGCAAACAUUGCAAUUAGCAAUGAACUGUUCGAGGAAGCCUUUGCAAUUUUCAGGAAGUUUGAUGUCAACACCUCUGCAAUACAAGUUCUCAUUGAGCAUAUUGGGAACCUUGAUCGGGCCUAUGAAUUUGCUGAGCGCUGCAAUGAGCCAGCUGUGUGGAGCCAGCUGGCUAAGGCACAGCUGCAGAAGGGCCUGGUGAAAGAAGCCAUCGACUCCUACAUCAAAGCUGAUGACCCCUCUGCCUAUAUGGAGGUGGUGCAGGCAGCCAGCCAUAGUGGAAAUUGGGAGGAUCUGGUGAAGUUCCUGCAGAUGGCCCGCAAGAAAGCUCGUGAGUCGUAUGUGGAGACUGAGCUAAUAUUUGCUCUAGCCAAAACCAACCGCCUGGCUGAGCUUGAGGAAUUCAUCAAUGGACCAAACAAUGCUCACAUCCAGCAAGUUGGUGACCGGUGCUAUGAUGAGAAAAUGUAUGAAGCCGCUAAGUUACUGUACAACAAUGUUUCCAACUUUGGACGAUUAGCUUCUACUCUGGUCCACCUUGGAGAAUAUCAGGCUGCGGUGGAUGGGGCCCGAAAGGCUAACAGCACACGCACAUGGAAGGAGGUGUGCUUUGCCUGUGUGGAUGGCAAGGAAUUCCGUUUAGCUCAGAUGUGCGGCCUUCACAUUGUGGUCCAUGCUGAUGAGCUGGAGGAGCUUAUCAACUAUUACCAGGACCGUGGCUACUUUGAAGAACUGAUCACCAUGUUAGAGGCUGCCCUGGGGCUGGAGAGGGCUCACAUGGGUAUGUUCACUGAGCUGGCAAUCCUCUACUCAAAGUUUAAGCCACAGAAGAUGAGGGAACACCUGGAGCUCUUCUGGUCCCGUGUUAAUAUUCCUAAGGUUUUGAGGGCUGCUGAACAGGCUCACUUGUGGGCAGAGUUGGUGUUCCUGUAUGAUAAAUAUGAGGAGUAUGACAAUGCCAUUAUCACCAUGAUGAACCACCCAACAGAUGCUUGGAAAGAAGGACAGUUUAAAGACAUUAUCACAAAGGUUGCCAAUGUGGAGCUUUACUAUAAAGCAGUCCAGUUCUACUUGGAGUUCAAGCCUCUGCUCCUGAACGAUCUGCUUAUAGUUCUGUCCCCACGACUUGACCACUCUCGUUCUGUCAACUUCUUCACCAAGGUCAAACAACUGCCACUGGUAAAACCUUACUUGCGGUCUGUACAGAACCACAACAACAAGUCAGUUAAUGAGGCACUCAACAAUCUUUUCAUCACAGAGGAAGAUUAUCAGGCUCUGCGAACAUCCAUAGAUGCGUAUGAUAACUUCGAUAACAUCUCCCUGGCUCAGCGCUUGGAGAAGCAUGAACUCAUUGAAUUCAGGAGAAUUGCUGCCUACCUUUUCAAAGGCAACAACCGCUGGAAGCAAAGUGUGGAGCUUUGCAAGAAGGACAAACUCUACAAGGAUGCCAUGCAGUAUGCAUCAGAGUCCAAGGAUACAGAGUUGGCAGAGGAGCUGCUCCAGUGGUUCCUGCAGGAGGGGAAGAAGGAGUGCUUUGCUGCAUGCCUGUUCACAUGCUAUGAUCUACUGCGGCCUGACGUGGUUUUGGAGACGGCAUGGAGGCACAACAUCAUGGACUUCUCCAUGCCCUAUUUCAUCCAGGUCAUGCGGGAGUAUCUGACCAAGGUUGAUGCAAUUAAGGAAAAGGUGGACAAACUGGAUGCCUCAGAGUCACUGAGGAAAGAAGAGGAGCAGGCUACAGAGACUCAACCCAUCGUUUAUGGCACACCCCAACUGAUGCUCACUGCAGGGCCCAGUGUGGCUGUCCCUCCACAGCAAGCUUAUGGCUACGGCUACACAGCACCACCUGCCUACGGCCAGCACCCUCAGCCCCAGCCAGGCUUUGGCUACGGCAUGUAAAGUCCCAUACCGGGAGACACCCAUCCAUCUGUUCCUUGGUUCUCCACCAGCUUUGUUCUGAUUCGCUCACAAAGGAUUCCAACAAGCAGUCGUUUUUGUCUUUAAUCAUGAAGGACAAUUUAUUUUUGUUAAAGGAUCAAGUUAAUUUUUUCAACAUUCCGUAUUCACUAGAAUGAUUAUUUUUGGCUUUAUUUUAAAGGGGAAUUGUCAAGGUAUAUUUGAGGGCUUGUGAAAAGAACAGGUCCUCUUGAUUCAAGGUCUGUUGUGAAGAAUCUGAUUUGCACUCUAGGGAGAAGAAACUAAUGUAGAAUCUCUUCAUUCUGUGAGCAGCUUUUUCUCUGUAAAAUGCAUUUGGUUGUGUAUUCAGAAACACAUUUCAGUAUGAUUGCUUCCAUGACUAAACACUAAAUGCCAUAUCCUGUACAACUGUAGUUGUAUAAAAAGUAAAAUUAAUGCACAGACAUGAUUUAAAUUCUAAUCUUCCCAGCCUAUGCAGGUUAUUGAAUUAACAGUGUAAAAGUUUGUCUUUUUUUGUUCACUCCAUGUGUUAACAGGUGACCUUUUGUUGUGCUGUAUACAGUGCUAUUGUGUGGGACCAUUCCAUUUUGAGAACAGGGGAAAGUAAAAUUCUCCUGAACUGUCUUUACUAGCCCCUUCCUUGUGCUGAGGUUUGUGUAUGCUGGAUAUUGUGGUGUACUAGGUCACUUUUGAGUGUACA